AACACAAAAGGACUAAUUCACUAAAGAGGUACAAAGUACAAAAAAAAGCAAGGACAAAAUAGGUAAUUUUUGCCAGCAAUAUUCUGUGCCUCUGUCAGAGAAGGCUGUGCACGAAUUUGUAUGUGACUGUAAUUAGUCUGCAGUCAGGGCUUGUUGGCGCUGGGCGUUAUUUCACCAGGUAUUAUGUACAUGCCAGACACAAGGUGCAGUGGGAGCCAUGUGCUUACCUCCUGACUAACACAGAAAAGCUUCUCUGUACAGGGAACUGAAGCCAUAUAUAUGUGAAUGUGCUUUGCACUUGUGCCUGCCAAUAAUCAGUGAGCCCCUAGUUUUGCCCUAGCAGCAUUCCAAGCCAGCACAGCACAUGCCCUCAGAUGAAACAUGCUGACAUAAAGGGAGACGCUCUGUUCCUGGCAUGGCCUUCCUCUCUGUACCUGGCAUGGCCUGCAGCUUUACACUCAUUUCCCUUCAUGGCAUUUUCUCAGAAUUGUAACAUUUAUGUGAUUUCAGGAGCCGAAGGAUUGUGAGCUAAAGGGCCACUCCCUUGGUCCAGCGUGAGGAAUGGAGCUUGUCGGAGCUUGCACAGAAGGAGGCUCGCCAGACGGAGUCCCCUCCCACCCAUUCUUCUUCUUAUACAUCAGCAGCGGCAGCCGAAGAACAUGUGCGCACCUCGUCACUGCUACACUGGCAACAACACAGCAGCCCUGAAGCCCAAGCGCCCCCAGCAGCUCCGCACCCCCACACCUGCACGGCCCGGCGCCUCCCUCCGUACCCACUAAGGUAACCCAGGAUAAUGGACCUUUAAAAAGUGAAUACACCAGCGCUGCAUGUUUAUAUUUUUCAAGAAAUAAAGACUGUGCUUUUUUUCCUGAAAUUUAAGGUCACUGAGCUUAAACUGAGUUUACUCCCAUAAAGCUUGUUAAAAGACAAUAUAUAUUCUGUACACAUUGAACAUCUGCAGAACCUGCUUUUUUACUUCAGAUGCCUAAGAACAGUAAGGCAGCAAAGAGAGAGCUGGAUGAUGAUUUUGUGGAAUCUGUUAAAGAUUUACUUUCCAAUGAGGAUUCUGGGGAUGAAAGCUUUAAGAAGAGUGAGCUGGUGGUCAGUGAUGAUGUAGAUAAGGACAGAGAUAUUGAAGAAGGUUCUGAUAUUGAUGAUGAGAGACCAGCAUGGAACAGCAAACUGCAGUACAUACUUGCACAGGUUGGAUUUUCAGUUGGCUUGGGAAAUGUUUGGAGGUUUCCCUAUUUAUGCCAGAAGAAUGGUGGAGGUGCCUACUUAGUGCCAUAUUUAAUCCUUCUUCUGCUAAUUGGAAUUCCAGUCUUUUUCCUGGAGCUGUCGGUGGGACAGAGAAUAAGGCGGGGAAGUAUUGGAGUCUGGAACUACAUUAGCCCUAAAAUGGGCGGAAUUGGAUUUGCAAGCUGCAUUGUUUGUCUGUUUGUGGCACUAUACUACAACGUCAUUAUUGGGUGGAGUCUGUUUUAUUUCUCCCAAUCCUUUCAGCACCCUUUGCCUUGGGAUCAGUGCCCUUUGGUGAAAAAUGCUUCAAACACUUUUGUGGAGCCUGAAUGUGAGAAAAGCUCUGCUACUACCUAUUACUGGUACAGAGAAGCACUGAAUAUUUCCAACUCAAUCACAGAAGGGGGUGGGCUGAACUGGAAGAUGACACUUUGCUUGCUUGCUGCUUGGAUUUUGGUUUGUCUUGCUAUGAUCAAGGGCAUCCAGUCUUCAGGGAAAGUUAUGUACUUCAGUUCUCUGUUCCCAUAUGUGGUACUUACAUGUUUCCUUGUACGGGCACUGCUUUUAAAUGGAUCAGUUGAUGGAAUUCGCCACAUGUUUACACCAAAGCUUGAAAUAAUGCUUGAGCCCAAAGUCUGGCGAGAAGCUGCCACUCAGGUGUUCUUUGCGCUUGGCCUGGGAUUCGGAGGAGUCAUUGCCUUUUCAAGCUACAACAAAAGGGACAACAACUGUCAUUUUGAUGCUGUCCUGGUGUCCUUUAUUAACUUUUUCACCUCUGUCCUGGCAACACUAGUGGUGUUUGCCGUGUUAGGAUUCAAGGCAAAUAUUAUGAACGAGAACUGCAUUUCCAAAAACACAGUCAAGAUUGUGAAAUAUUUAGAAGCUGGCAAUCUCAGCUGGAGUAAUGUUCCACAUCAUGUCAAUUUCUCAAGUAUGUCAGCACAGGACUAUAACCUGGUCUAUUACAUAUUUCAGAAAAUAAAAGAAGAAGAAUUUGACAGCCUAGGGCUGGACUCCUGUCAGAUAGAAGAUGAGCUUAACAAGUCAGUCCAAGGGACUGGGUUGGCUUUUAUUGCCUUCACUGAAGCUAUGACACAUUUUCCUGCUUCUCCUUUUUGGUCAGUGAUGUUUUUUCUCAUGUUAGUGAACUUGGGCCUUGGCAGCAUGUUUGGAACUAUUGAAGGCAUUAUAACUCCCAUUGUUGAUACAUUUAAAGUACGGAAGGAACCACUCACUGUUGGAUGCUGCCUGCUUGCAUUCUGCAUUGGCCUACUCUUUGUACAGAGGUCAGGAAAUUACUUUGUUACGAUGUUUGAUGACUAUUCUGCUACAUUACCACUGCUGAUUGUGGUCAUUUUAGAGAAUGUUGCAAUUGCUUGGGUAUAUGGCAUAGACAAAUUCAUGGAUGAUUUAAAGGACAUGCUAGGUUUUACCCCAUACAAAUACUAUUACUAUAUGUGGAAAUACAUCUCUCCUGUCUUGUUAACUAUUCUUCUUAUGGCAAGUAUAGUUCAGAUGGGAUUCAGUCCGCCAGGCUACUAUGCAUGGAUUGCAGAAAAGGCCAGUGAAGAACGUAUAAGUUACCCUCCAUGGGGCCUUGCUGUCUGUAUAUCACUUAUCGUGUUUGCAUUGUUGCCUGUGCCAGUAGUGUUCAUCGUCCGUACUUGCAACCUCAUUGAUGAUAGCACUGGAAGCCUGGCAUCGGUGUCCUAUAAAAGAGGAAAAAUGAUCAAAGAAACAUCAAACCUUGAAGAUGACGCAAGCUUAAUCCAUGAGAAGAUUCAAAGCGAAAUGCCGUCUCCUAAUAUUGGAAGUAGUAUUUAUCGAAAGCAAAGCGGAUCCCCAACUUUAAAAGUGGAUACUGCUCCAAAUGGACGUUACGGCAUUGGGUACCUAAUGGCAGAUAUGCCGGACAUGCCUGAAUCAGACUUGUAGUUGACUCAACAAAAAGUACUUUGUAUUUGGUACUGCACAUUUAUUCUUCUUAAAAGGAGAGGUUGGCUUUAAUGGAAUCAAAGUUGUUAAAUGUUCUUGGAAUUAAUAAUACAUUGUUUGAAGGAGAGGUUUAGACUCUACAAUCCUCUCCUGGGCUGUUACUAGGCCUGAGGUGUACAGGAUAAAGCUCUUGUUCUUAGUUCUUUUUAGGACCUCUACUACUUUGUGUCUUACCUCUCUGUGCCUAACUUUGUCCCAGUAUUGGUUUCUUUUUCUAAAACAAUAAUUCAGCAUACAAGCUCUUUUUACUGUCUUACAUUUAUGCAUAUGAUCAAUCUGAUGUAAGAACAGCGAGUACUGUAAGUAAAAGCACUUAUUAUCACCAAUGAACCCGUAACACACACCAAAUGCAAGUGCAGUAUUAACAGGGUAGUCAGGUCCUGCAUAUACAUACUCAUCAAGCCAUAAUUUAUUUUUUGAACUUUAAUCCUGAGUUGUUGUGAUUUAGCAUCUUAGAAAAGUAUGAAUCUGUCUGAGGAAAUCAGGGAUUUUUUUAUUCUGCCAAUUCAAAUGUUUUGACAUACAUAAGCCCAUUUCAUGUAUCUUCAUCUGAGGAUAUAUGGAGGCAGAGGGAGGUCACUUGACAUUUUGAGGGAGCUUUAUUAAAAUGUAAACUGGGUAAACUUAAUUUAUUCUUAAUAAGUUUUAAGAAAUUGGCAUGUUUAUCACAGCAUUCCCUGCUUUGACAGAUGUGUAAUUUGGUCCGAAUAUUUUUGACAGCUUUGAGGAGUUCUUCUAAAUUCAUUCUAUGCUACGGUGUGUUAGAGCUGCUGUAUGUGGCAGCGCUGAGCUUUAACACCAUACAGAACCAGUAAGCCCAAAUGUUAACGAGCCUUGCAUUAAAACACACAUUGCAAAUUGUGUUUCUCAACUGAAAUUCAUAUUUUGAAUUAUUAACUAUAGGUAUUGUUACUGUUCAGUUAAGGAAAUACCUUUCAUAAAUCAGCUCCUGUGUUCAUUUUUGUAUUUACAUUUGAUGCCACAUUUGGCUUGGCCGUGCCAGUGAUCCCUGCCCUACUAAAUUGGCAUAUGCCAGGAAAGUCUUUGUGCAUUGCUGACUGCCUAGAAGUGUGUUUACCCCUCACCUCCAUUGCCAGAUUUAGACAAAAUUGUCCAGUGGUGGCCAGGGGAGAUGAAUUGCAUUUUUUUUCUAUAUAGGCAUCCAUAGGCCACUGUCCUAAAGCCCUAGACACGUGCCCUUGGGUGCUUGUAUAGAAAAUACAGCUUAUUAGUGAACACUACCCAGAUGAGCAACUGUACAAUCUGCUUGCUGGUUCACAUUCCAUGUUGUCAGAUAAAACAAAAAGUAUUUUAAAGGCUCUGUGACUUUUUUUUCUGUACAAAGUUUCUUGAAUGUAUCAAAGUAUUGUACUAUAACGAAGAGAGCACUGAUGGAAAUAUUUUGCACAGCCACAGAGAAUGUACUGCUGGUAAAUUUCAUACUGUUAACUGAAUUGACCAAUUGAAACAUUGCACUUGAGAAAAAAAAAAAAGACAGCAUAAAAUGUAUUUUAGGGACUACUGGGACUCUUUUAUUCCCCUCCUGACAUAUUAAUUUAUGUUUCAAAACCAAAAACGGUUAAUAACAUUAAGUAAAGUAAGGCAAUUAGUUCUCCUUUUUUGGAAGCAAAUACAGGUGCAAAAAUAUAUAUAUAUUUAUAUAUAUAUUUUUUUUAAUGUUCAGGGUUGCUGAUAUGAGUCCUGAUAUUAUCGAACAGCAGUGCUGGCAAGGGAAACAGUGUAAAAUGCGUGACUUUCCCCACCACAGAUUUAUGUGAGACACUAUAUGACCUGCCCCGUUCACCGGCCUCACCCAGUACCUGAGGAGGUGCAGCUCUAAUGGGUGGUGGGAUGGGUUGACCAUGAGUGUUGUUGGGAACAGCCAGUUUGCAGGUUGCUGAUAAUCAGUUACAUGGCCAUUCAGUUGCUGACAGCCAGGAACCUGGAAACUGCAUGAUGUGCAGCUGUCCUACAGCGUGCGUGCAGAUUAAAAAAGUGAAGAAAAGCAUGAUAGCGAUGCUUUAAUUGCAUGAAAUGACCGAUCUGAACCUGUAUAUUCUUACCUUCAUUUGCCUCAUUUCUUCAAUAAUCUUUCUUUAUCUUUGUCUUUCUACUUUCUAUUUCAUUAAGCAAACUCCAUUAUAUGUAUUAUGAAUUAUGCCUUCCUUCUAGCAACCCUGUAUUAACACUCCAUUUAUUAAAAUCUGUCUCAGAUUUUAUUAUUUUACUAACCUGUAUGAGUAAUUCAAUAUUAAUUUCUCCAUGUUGCUAAUGUAUAGUAUAUAAUGUUAUAGACUGUACUUAUUUUAUUAACACUGAUAAUUCAUUUGCGGUUAGCUGAGUAAGAUAAAUCAGUGUGCUUAAUAUUUUCUUAUGGAUUAGCUCUAUAAAUGAUUUUUAACCAGAAGAAAUAUAGCACUUAAAGGCUGUGGGUACAAAUAUAUUGCCCAUCUGUGGAUGUAUAGUAUGACCUAAAACUGUAUAUUUCAGUAAGAAAUGUGUUUAGUUGCAAGAUAAUGCUGGCUUAUGUAUGAAGGGGUACAAGUGUUGGCGUACUUAUGGGCACCAGUGUUCAUUAGCGCUAGUUUAAUCGUUGUUAGUCCAACACUCCCAAGACGCACAAGGAAGUCCUGUGCUAAAGCCCUGCCUCGAUCAGAUUGUAGGUACAGGGUUUCUGAUGUGCCUCGUGCCCACCAGUGAUCCAUCUAGAACCUUAUGGAUAGCACACUAGGAAAGGGCCAUGCAUGUGGACAGCAAUGAGCCACCCACAUGCUGCCAAAGUCAUGGUGGGUGCAUCUUGCCCCACUUGCUAGCAAUUAUAGCUAAUAGAAAAAUACACAUUUGUAGUUUUUAAUGUUGCUUCUUUAACACAAUUAUUGGUUGAUAUUUAUUGUAGCUACAUCAUGUACAACAUGCAGUAUAUUUAUAGAUUCCCCAGUACUGUAAAUAUGUAUAUAACUACCUUGCUUUAAAGAGUCAAAGCUUAGCAACUCUUUCUCAAAAUGAUGCACAUGCAUCUCGCUUGUCUCUUUUAUCCAAAGAGAUUACCUAUUUUUCUGCUAUUUUGAAAAUGUAUACACUAUGUACAUUCAUAUAUGUAUAAUGCAUAUACAUUUGAAAAUGUAUACAGUAUUACAUGCAUAAAUAAAUAAGAUCAAUACAU